CUGAAGCAAAAUUGGCUCAAGAUCUUCACACCCGUUGUGGAACACUUGAACCUUCAGAUGCGUUUCAAUGUUGAUUCGAGCUGCGUGGAGAUUCGCACGUAUGAAGGCACUAAAGACAAGAACUCCAUCCAGAAAGCUGCCGACUUUUUGCGAGCAUUCAUUUUAGGCUUUGAAGUGGAGGAUGCUUUGGCUUUGAUCAGGCUCGACGAGAUGUUUUUAGAGACCUUUGAAAUUCAAGAUGUAAAACCGCUGAAAGGCGACCACCUGUCCCGAGCGAUCGGUCGCAUUGCCGGCAAAGGCGGACGGAUAAAGUUCACCAUUGAGAACGUGACAAAGACGCGAAUCGUCCUGGCCGACAGCAAGAUCCACAUUCUCGGCUCCUUCAACAAUAUCCGAGCUGCGAGAACCGCAAUCUGCAACCUUAUCCUCGGCAGUCCGCCGUCCAAAGUCUUUGGAAGCAUGCGACAGCUGGCCAAUCGUCUUAUUGAGCAAUUCUAA